UCCUCUUGUCCGGCAUUUUUUAAGAUCUUACUUAAUUGUUUUUGGCCUUCAUCAAUUGAGGCCGUCAGUGCGUCCUGUUGUGACUUGUGCGAGUAUAGUUUGACUACUAUUGCGUGAGACGUGUUGUAGUAUCAAAAAGAAGUGAAAGAUUCAGUUACCAAUUUUUUCAAUCGUGCACCAAUCAGUAUUGUGUACCAUUUCAAAAGAAAUGGCAUCGACUAGCAACAAAGCCUAUACUCGAGAAUUUACGUGGACUAUAAAUGAUUACAGUAAGCUUGACGUACAUCCAAAAGUAUGCAUAAAGUCACCGGAAUUCAAAGUGGAUAGUAGUGAAAAAGUGUUCUAUGUGAAAUUUUACCCAUUAGGAUAUGAGGUGGAACCUUCAACCGGACUCAUUCCAUAUGCUGGCAUGGUACUGUGUCAAGCUAGCGCUGAAUCGUUCAAUUUUAGUUGCAAAGUUAAAUUAUUGGUCGACGACGAUCCUGUUGUAAUAGCAAGAUCAGUUAAAACUUCAUUCAAUCAACAUACCAAAAGGUUAGAGUUUUCUCAACUGUUUCCUAUUCAAGAUUUGAGUGAGGUAAUAUCUGACGAAGACGUCAUGGUUAUUCGUUUUGAAUUGACAAUUUACACAAAAGAAUGUAAAUCAAGGAAGCCGAAUCCUAACAGCGAAAUUACUCUCAGAUUGAAGUUGGACAGUUUAUUUCUCAAUGAAAAUUUAAGCGAUGUAAAUUUGCGGACUGCAUGUGGAAAAUGUAUUCCAGCUCAUAAAGCCAUACUGGCCUCAGCAAGUCCAAUUUUUCUCAAUAUGUUUACAUAUGAAAUGUUAGAGAAUGAAACCAAUUUAGUUGAUAUAACCGAUAUCAGUAAUGAAGUUCUCAUUGAAAUGCUACGAUACAUAUACCUUGGUAGCAUAAAUGUUAAAGUGUCAGUGAUUUGCGAGCUUCUAGGAGCAGCCAAUAAAUAUGAUAUUCAAGGAAUGAAGACUAUGUGUGAAAAAUUGUUAUUAGAAAAUUUGUCAAUAGAAAAUGCUCGAGAUGUGUAUAAAGCCGCUACCAAAUAUGACUCUAAUUAUUUAAAAAAUGAAGCUAUUAAAUGUUUCUAUGAUGAUAGUGUGGAAAUUAUUAAAUCUGUAAAACAACCUUCUCUGUUUGAUGAAUUCAACCAAUUUUUGAAGAAUUACUCAAAUAAGUAAAAAAGCAGAUUUAUUUUCUUAAUCCAAUAAUAAGUACUUCAGUAUUUUUAAUGUAUAAAACUUGAUUAAUUACCAAAUAUUAUGUGCACAUAGAAAACUGUUUAGAUUGUAACUACCAUUAUGAUCACA